AUAUAUGCUAAAAUUUCCGUCCUCCCAACAGUCAAUUUUACACAACUCUAUUAAAAAAAAUGGCAGUUAUUCCACCUUCUUACAGUGAUCUGGGAAAAUCCGCCAGAGAUUUAUUUAAUAAAGGAUUUAAUUAUGGUUUCUACAAAUUGGAAGUCAAAACUCGCACGAACAGUGGUGUAGAAUUUACCUCUAAUGGUUCAUCUAACCACGAAAAUGCUAAAGUCGGAGGGUCGCUCGAAACGAAAUAUAAAGUCAAGAAGCAUAAAUUGACCUUCACUGAAAAAUGGACAACCGAAAAUGUUUUGGCAACUGAAGUCAGCGUUGAAGAUCAACUAGCCAAGGGAUUGAAAAUAACUCUUGAUACUAACUUCGCUCCCCAAUCUGGGUAA